AUGGUGAACCAACAACCGCAGCUUCAGGUUCAGCCGCAACAGCCCACACCCUCUUCGCAAGACGAGGCCUUGAAGAGGAACACCGAUUGUGUGUACUUUCUUGCAUCUCCUUUGACAUGCAAAAAGGGAAAUGAAUGUGAGUACCGGCAUAGUGAGUAUGCACGAAUUAAUCCUAGGGAUUGUCGUUAUUGGUUGAGUGGUAAUUGCUUGAAUCCCAAAUGUUCAUUUCGUCAUCCGCCCCUUGAUGGCUUGUUAGGAACGCAGGCAACAACGGCUGGUGGAUCAGCUGUAUCUGUGCCCCCUUCACAGAUACCAACAGCAUCAGCAACACAUGCACCUUAUAAUUCCAGUAAACAAGCUGUGCCAUGCUUUUUCUUUCAAAAAGGGCUUUGCUUAAAAGGUGACAGAUGUGCCUUCAUGCAUGGACCUCCUGCUCCUAGCACUGGUAAUAAAGUAGCUGCUCAGGUUCCAGUUACCAGCCAAGGAGGUGAGAAUCCAAAUUUUAAGAAGCCUUUUGGCACCGAUGAACAAUAUACUCAGGAAAGGAAAACAUCCCAAGGAAAUGUUGCAAAGUCAGGUGGAGGCCCUGAACCUAAACCUGCCCAAAAAAUUGAAUCUGCUCCUCAAAGAAAUGUGUUUGAAUUGGAGAAGAAAAUUGCACUACCCUCUGUAGGAUUUGAUAAUGAGGCUUCUAGAUAUAAGCCAAGUUCACCACCAGUAUCCAAUGGCCCUACUGUAGCCCGGUCAAACCGUCUGCAUCAAGCUCGUGUGCCAGAUGAUCACAAUUUCCACAGUGGCAAGGACAGUGAUGAGUUUCUCAGAGAAUCAUCUCCUGGGUUUGAUGUUCUUGUUGCUGAUGAACUUAGGAAUUCUGAUUACUACCAUGGGGAAGAUGAAUUUGGUAAAGCAAGAGGUCAGGAUGAAAGGAACUUAGAUAAUUUGAACGAAUAUGAUUUAGGAAAUUCGGGUGAUUAUGGUUUAGCAGCUGAUAUUGAUCGGGAAAGAUUCCGUAUGCCCCAAGGUUAUGAGUCGUAUGAUCACAUGCAGGAACCAUAUGUUUGGGAGCAACGUAGGAAGGCUUCAGCCCAUUUAGACAAAAGGUCUCGCCGCAGAUCAGACAGUCCUGAAAAUGCUGUGGUCUCAGAUCUCCGACAUCAUUUAUCCAAGCGCAGAAAGGUCAAUGGUUUGAAAUCUGUUGUCAGUCAUGAUUAUGCCCUUGAGGGACAUGGUGAGGAACAGAGCCAACGGUCCUUCUCCCGAAAGGAGUCACUCCAGUUACCUUUGAAUGAGGGCUCCCUCGGUAAUCGCUUCCGUGGUAGAAUAAAACUUCCAGCCGAUGGUGGUGCUGAUCAGCUAGAGAGGGAUGAUAGAGGGAGAAGUAGAGGCAGGUUGUUGUCUGGAAGGUUGCAGGCCACUCACCAGGGAAGGAUACAUGAUAGAAUGCGAGGAAGAUUGCAAGAUGAUGAGAGGAGAAACUCCAAGGAUCGAUUGAUGGGGAGAGAACUAAUGGGUGGUGAUAGGAGUGAUUUUGCAGGACCAAAAAGUCUUGCUGAGCUUAAAAAUGGGAGGAACACUGACAAUAGGGAGCAGCAAUCGUUGGGAAAGAGAAGUUUAAUAGAUGAUCACCCAUUAUCUGAAGAUGAUGUUCAGUUUGAUGGUCCAAAGCCUCUUAGUGAAAUUCUGAAGGAGAAGAGAGGAGCUGGAGCCAGAGCUGGUGCAGACUCUGGGAAUGGCAAAUCAUCUGAUUUUAAGAAUGAAGUUACCAAUGGCUCAGAUCCUACGCCCGACACAAACACACAAAAUGGAGUGCUGUCUGAAACCAAGGAAUAUGUCAAGAAUCAAAAUAAUGAUGAAGAAUCCAAGCUUGAGGUCACUGAUGCAGCUGGAGGAGACACCGAGGCAACUCAUGGUCAAUAUGAGGAUGGAAUGUAUGAUGAAGCCGGUGAAGAUCAGUAUUAUGAAGGUGACGAUGCGAGAGAAGCGGACUAUGAGUAUGAGCAAGGUGAUGAGGGAUACUAUGAGUAUGAACAAGGUGAAGAGGGUGAAAAUCAAGAGGAAGAUUACAUGGAUGAAGAGGACGGUGAUGAUUUUGCUAAGAAGAUUGGUGUCAUUCAUUCAUAA